AUGAAAUCGACGUUAGUAGAAACUCAAUGUCAACUUUUCCAAAGCAACUAUAAAACCUACAUUCGUCGGAUUUUGAAACAUGUACAUAAAAACAUGCAGAUUUCUAAAGACAGUUUGGAUCAGAUGAAUGGUUUCAUGAACUAUUUGUUCCAUGCUUUGGCAUAUGAUGCUGCUCAACGUGCUCGAAGACGUCGUCAGAAAACUCUCACUGGUCGAGAGGUUCAAGAUGCCAUUAAAUCAAGAUUUCCAGGCAAUAUAAAAAUAUUUGCAGUUUUAAACGGCAUUGAAACUUUAGAUAAAUUUAUCCGAAAUAAUUAA